AUGGCUGAGGGCGAGCGGGACGGCCCAACGUGCAGCAGCGGGCUGGCCGGCCGGCCAGAGCCGAUCCCUCGCAGCGGGCACUACAGCUUCCCGGAGUACGAGCUUCCCGAGCUGAACACGCGACCCUUCCACGUGGGUGCCUUUGGGGAACUGUGGCGGGGCCGACUGCGCGGCGCCGACGACCUGUCGCUGAAGGAGCCCCCGGCGCCCGCGCUGCGACCGGGCUCCGACUGCACCCGGGAGGAUGCCGCCGUGGCCCGGGACCUGGGCUGCAGCCUGGAGGCGGCGGCCGAGCUGCGGGCGGUGUGCGGCCUUGAUAAACUGCAGUGCCUUGAGGAAGGCCAGAAUCCAGAAGUCAUCCCCGGGGACACUGACCUGAUGACGUUGGGGAUUAGAAAGAGGCAGAUGGAGCAGAGGGAAGAAACCAUAACGAUUGACCGUGUAUGCAGACAGGAAACGUUCGCCUACGAGAUGGAGUCACAUGCCAUGGGGAAAAGGCCUGCGAACCCAGCAGACCUCGUUCCAGAAGGGGAGCUUAUCCUCUCUCUGAAUAUCUUGUACCCUGUUAUAUUUCAGAAGCACAAAGAACACAAACCGUACUAGACCGUCCUGGUCCUGGGCAGUCAGAAGCUCACAGAACUGGGGGAUUCCAUCUGCUGCGUCAGUGACCUCCAGAUUGGGGGGGAAUUCAGCAACACGCCUGACCAAGCUCCUGAGCACAUCAGCAAAGAUCUGUACAAAUCAGCCUUCUUUUAUUUUGAAGGAACAUUUUACAAUGAUAAACGAUACCCUGAAUGCAGAGAUCUGAGCAGAACCAUCAUCGAGUGGUCAGAGUCCCAUGACAGAGGCUAUGGGAAAUUUCAGGCUGCCAGUAUGGAAGAUUUCACCUUCAAUGACUUGUCCAUCAAACUGGGCUUUCCUUACUUAUAUUGUCACCAGGGAGACUGUGAACAUGUUGUCAUCAUUACCGACAUAAGGCUUGUGCAUCAUGAUGACUGCCUGGAUAGAACACUUUAUCCUCUUUUAAUCAAGAAGCACUGGCUCUGGACCAGAAAAUGUUUUGUUUGUAAAAUGUACACUGCCAGGUGGGUGACCAACAGUGACAGUUUUGCACCAGAGGAUCCGUGUUUCUUUUGUGAUGUUUGCUUCCGAAUGCUUCACUAUGAUUCAGAAGGCAACAAACUGGGGGAAUUUCUCGCUUAUCCUUAUGUUGAUCCAGGAACCUUCAAUUGA